AUGCGAGUGUGUGUUGUCGGCGCGGGCGCCUCCGGCCUUCCCGCCAUCAAAUCAUGCGUCGAAGAAGGCCUCGAGGUGGUGUGCUUCGAGAAGACGUCGCAAGUCGGCGGCCUCUGGAAUUACAGACCCGGACAGAAGAAUAUCGGCGCCACCGUCAUGGAAUCCACCGUCGUCAACACGUCCAAAGAAAUGAUGGCGUAUUCCGAUUUUCCGCCACCCGAGCACUACGCCAACUUUAUGCAUCACACCAAGGUCAAUGAGUAUAUUCAGAAUUACGCGAAACGCUUCAAUCUACUCGACAAGAUUCGAUUCAAUACCACCGUCAAGCGGAUCUCUCGACGCGACGGCAAAUACAUUGUCGAGUUGGAGAGCGGCGACGUCGAGCAGUUCGACAAGCUGAUGCUCUGCACUGGCCAUCACGCGCAGCCGAGCUAUCCGAAUCUCAGCACCAUUGGCACAUUCAAGGGCAAGGUGAUGCACGCUUACAAUUACACCAACACCAAAGGGUUCGAAGGCAAGAAUGUGUUCCUGUUGGGCAUCGGCAAUUCGGCGCUCGACAUCGCCGUGGAUUUGGCGAAAAUCGCGAAAUCGGUGACGAUCUCGACGCGUCGCGGCACCUGGAUUUUCAAUCGCGUCAGCAACGGCGGAAUGCCGUAUGAUGUUCAGCUCUUCUCGAGAUACUAUGACAAUCUGCUCAAAGCGGUCCCCUGGACGCUAGCCAACGAUUUCAUGGAGCAUCGCCUUCAGCAACGAAUGGACCACGAUCUGUACGGAUUGCGUCCGAACCAUCGAUUCUUUCAGCAGCAUCCGACCGUCAACGACACGCUGGCGAACCUGAUUUGCGCUGGCUACAUCACGAUUACGGAGGACGUUGAGACGUUCACUGAGAGCGGCGUCAUCGUCAAAAACGGCAAAGAGUUCGCAUGCGACGUUUUCGUCAAUUGCACCGGCUACACGUUCGGGUUCCCGUUUGUCGACAAGGACAUCAUUGACAUCAAGAAUCAAGAAGUGCCGCUGUACAAGUUCGUCUUUCCACCGGAGAACGACACGCUGGCGGUGAUCGGACUGAUUCAGCCGAUCGGCAGCAUCGCGCCGAUCUCCGAGAUUCAGAGCCGCUGGGCGGCUCGCGUGUUCUCCGGCAAACUCGACCUUCCAACGACGGAGCUUAUGAUCGCCGACAUCGCCAAGAAGAAGGCCGAGAUGAAGCGAAGAUAUUUUGAGAGUAUCAAGCACACAAUUCAGGUGGACUACAUGACAUAUAUGGACGAGAUCGCCGAGAUCAUCGGCUGCCUUCCGCCAAUGGCGAAGUAUUUCAUCUCGUAUCCGCGAUUCUGGAUGAAGCUCUUCAUGGGUCCCAACGUUCCGUACGUCUAUCGGCUCGUCGGGCCGAACGCGUGGGACGGCGCCGAGCAGGCGAUCUGGACGGUCACCGAUCGCGUCAAAAAGCCGCUCAAAAAUCGACAAUGCCGAAUUCGGCGACACAAGAAGCGCGGCACCACCGACGAGUAUUUUCGGUACGCCUCGCAAAAAUGGAUUGCGACGACGCUGUCGGUGUUGUUCGUCGCCGGCUUUCUGACGUACUGCUGGGCGAGCGCCUCGAUACCGCCGGCCGUCUAUUUCGCCUCGUUCGUCUUGUUCUUCGUUUUGUAUGGUUCGACGCUUCUCUGGUUUGAUCUACAAUACGACAUGACCACUAUUUUCUAA